AUCUACCCCAUUACCCUCUCCCAAAAAACCUCACUGUACCGAUACGGCUCAGCAUCUAAGCCCUGGAACCAAAACGCUGUCUCGCACAUCGAUUUACUCCUGUCACCAACGAUGCCUGACGCGAGCCUUUCUCCCAGCCUCUCCACCGAAACCGUAGAAAUCACAAGAGAACUUGGUCGCGGCACACCUGGGGAGCAGGUGAUUUCAUCUUCGGAGCGCAAGACACCCGAUCAGCAGGAGCUGGCAAGACGCAAGUCGCAGUACUAUGAGGAGGCCUUUGCAACUCGAGAGCCCACGUCUUCCGCCCGUCAAGUAAUUUCUAACGAGUCUAUGGUUCUAGCAGAUGUCAGGACAAACGUCAUUAUCUCAGAUGAGUACACAUUCAUUACCGACUUAUCUUAUGCACUGUCGACGCGAUACCAACGCUCCGAGAACUCGAUAAUUGUCACAGUGCUCCACUCCGCCUGCUUAUUGUACGGGGGUAAUUUCGACCCAGCCUACACACUCACAAUAAGCGCAAUCCCCUCCCUGUUACAGCCCGUGACCAAUAAGAGAAACGCUAUUCUCCUUCAAAAAGCUAUGGAUGAGGGUUUAGGUGUUCCACCUGAUCGCGGCCUCAUAAAAUUUAUACCAAUAGCUGAAGAGAAUCUGGCAACGGGUGGGAAGACCGUAUUAGGGGCGAUUGAAGAACUCGAGAAAGAGACUGCUUUCAAGAAUUUGGGUCUCAUCAGAACCCUAUCACGUGCGGCUACGAGAAGAACGAGUAUGAAAUCGCCACCCAGAGGCCAGCUUCCAACACACGACGAGAACGUAACACCUUUCAAGAGUAAUGGUAAUAGCCCGUCUCCAUCGGUACUACCAAAUGAAAGCGCAAUCAUCCGCCGGCCUGAAGGGAUUCAAAAAAUGGGACGAAGGAAGAGCUUCAUGCUUGCUGUGUUUGGUGGCAAAUCAAAGGAGGGUUUAUGA